CCUGUGUGCCACAUGGUCUGGCCGAAUUGGGCGUGGUCCAUUGCCUGGACUUCCAUCCCGAGGGAAAGCCCGAUGUCCUCGAGGACUCAGAAAGUACGCGUUUAAAGGUGCCUCAAAGCCCUGGUGACAGUAAAUUGCGUGUUGGGCUGCUAACCCCAAGCUCAGCCGCGUGAAACCACCGCGUUUCUAAUCCGUGAGUUACAGUCUCGGAAACCCAGGGGGGUGUCUAGCCCGUCCCAUGGCGGCUCCGUGGGUUGGGAUCCGCUCGAUGGCACGCGUGUGUUUUGUUCAAGACCGCUGAGUACCACUCAUUCAUUUCAUAUGCGGAUCGGGAUCAGAGCUACACAGCGAUGACGUCACCAAAGGGAACCCUCCAAAGCAACUCUGUAGCUGGCUAAUCGAGUGCAUCGACUUUCUACCUACUCGGCUGAAAUGACGAGCAGGAUUAUUCCAUUGCUUUUGUCUGACGGGCGCGCUGAGCGCUGAUUGGUCCUGACGGAGGAAACCGGAAGAAGGCGUGCACUUAGGACCCACGGCGUGCUGCGAGCCGGCGGCGGGGUGGCACGCAGUCUCGGCGUGUGUUGCCAUGGCGUCACUCCGCUGUAGAACCGUCCUCUGCGUGGUCUGCUUGGAAAAGCCCAAGUAUCGCUGCCCGGCCUGCUGCGGACCCUACUGUUCCGUGACCUGCUUUCGGAAGCACAAAGAACAGUGCAACCCUGAAACUCACCCCACAAGGAAAAAAAGAAAUUCAUCCUUUCCUACAAAAACCACAAAGCCUGUGGAAAACCAAGACAAUGAGUCAUCGGUAGCCGAUUUUCUCAAUAGUGAUGAGGAGGAGGACAGAGUUUCCCUGCAGAAUUUAAAGAAUCUGGGGAACUCCGCGCCACUGAGGAGCUUACUGCUGAACCCGCACCUCCGACAGUUGAUGGUCAGCCUUGACCAGGGAGACGACAAAGCAAAGCUCAUGAGAGCUUAUAUGCAAGAGCCCUUGUUUGUGGAGUUUGCAGACUGCUGUUUAAGGGCUGUGGAACCAGCCCCGCAUGAGGCUUGAGCCGGGUCACUGUGCUGCGGGCCCUUCUCCCAGGAGAGCGGCCGGCCCACCCUGGCGCUUACCUCCCAGACAGAGUGGAAGCACUCAUCGCAGGCGAAUCCUUCAUGGAGAGAAAGCGGUGGUUCCAAAAUGUUUGAUUUAUUUUUGGUUGUUAUGAUCCAUAUCAUGAAUGAUGAUGUUCAUCCUUGGUUUAUGGUAUUCUAAUUAUUUGCAAUUAUAUUAAAUAAAUCGAUAAUUUGUUAAA